AAAAGUAAUUAUGUGCUAUUUUUGCAAUUGUUUGUGUCUGCAUUUUUAUUUAUAGAGUGAACUGUAUGAUGUUAAUUUGAAUAAUUAUUUUAGUGAUUUAUUGUAUAGGUUGUCUAUUUUAAUGUAUUUUAGAAUUUAUAUCCUAGCUCUUUCAUUGCUUCAGUGAAUUGGGUCCUUUUUGUUCUGUUUUCACAAGUCAUUUACUGUGCACCGCUUUGUAUGCUGUUUGAUGGUAAAAGCAAGCAACAAUUCUUCCUGAAUUGCCAGCGAUUCUGUUGCUGGAUGUGGUUUUGUUUUGUUUUGUAUGAACAAUUUAGCAAAAGGUUACAAGAAAUGUUGAAUUUCUGUGUACAGUAAAGCCAAAUUUCAGGAGAUGGGUUGAGAAAAAUAUCCUUUUGAGAAUUUGAAGUAGACAAAUUGUAUUUCUACAAUGUCACUGCAAUAAUGUUUGUUUUCAGUUCCUUGUGAACUAAUUAUUCACAGUGCUUUUUUCCAUUUUUAAAAGAAAUCUGAACAGAUGGAGACAAACAAUUCUGGAGUCAACUGCUCCCAAAGAAGAGUGAGACUAAUAAACCUUCCCAUUCUACCUUCCAUGGAACUUUUCCAGACAAUUGUAUACAUUCCUACAUUUAUCCUUGGAGUUCUGUUCAACGGAAUGGCUAUAUGGUUUGCUUUACGCAAGAUCCGAAAAUUAACGGAGCCUGUAAUCUACAUGGUGUCACUUAUGGUUUUAGAUCUCUUUGUACUCUUUGCCAUUCCCUUUAGGAUAAUUUCCUAUGAUAGCAAAAAGUGGGAUCUUGGGCAAACCUUUUGUUCAUUCCUGGAAAGCCUAUACUUUGUGAACAUGUAUGGGAGUAUCCUCAUUUCCGUGUGCAUAUGUGUGGAUAGAUACAUUGCUAUCCUGCACCCCUUUGCAGCUGUGACCUUGAGAUCUCCUGGAAAAGCUGCUAUAACUUGUGUGAUUAUUUCAGCAGGAGUCUGGGCCGGAACAUCAUGUACCUUCCAGCUCCAUAACAAGGAUACUCCCCCAGUUUGCUUCCAUGGCUUUUCUGAAGCUACUUGGGAAAAUAUAAUCUUGAUCGUUGUUUUGGAGACAGUUUUACUAAGCAGCACAAUAGUUGUGAUCUUCUGUUCUGUUCAAAUCAUGGUGUGUCUGCAGAGGAGCCAAAAGCCAGACAGUCCUUUCACAAUCAAAAGCAAGUCACUGAAAAUAAUUGUCGCAAACCUCACUAUAUUCCUGAUCUGCUUUGUUCCUUAUCACCUGGCUCUGGUAUUGUACUAUCUUGUGAUGAAUUGUAUUCUAAAUGAUCCUCAUGAAGCCAUACUCUCAUUUCUUCAGAUCACCCUGGCCUGCGCUAACCUCAACUGCUUUCUAGAUGGAGUCUGCUUUUAUUUUGUCUUUAAGGAGUCUGUAAACUUGGCUUCGGUCGAGAGUAAUGCAAUGAAUUAAGUCAUUCAGACUGGUCAAUCAUGUUGUUCAGCCUCUGGUAGGAGAAUACAAAGAAGCUGUUAAAAAGAUAUCCUUUUUUAAUGUAUGGUGUGAGACAGUGUGUACCCCUUCAAAUCGCGUAUCAACUGAUGAUGACCUCAUGGAUUUUGUAGGGUUUACUUAGGGAAGGAAAACUCUUGAGGUGUUUGGGCUUGUUCCAGUUAAAUUGAUUGAAAACUCAUAUUUAUCUUGGCCAAUAAGUGAUACAGAGUGUUCAAGGUUUCCUGGAAAUCAAACUAGCAUAUGCAUUUAGGAAACAUUAUUUUGAGCUGUAACUUCCAGAAUUCCUAUCCAUUGGCCAAAUAUGCACUGGCCUCUGCAUCUUGUAGUCCAAAAUAUUAACUUUACCAAAUUCUGAGGCUUCACAUUUGACUGUGGUGUCUGUUAUCAACUUUUUGGGAUUAGGUGUUAGUGAUUAUUCAGUCAUGUAAAUGUAAAUCAACUGGCCAUAGCAAUAUUGAAUCCACUUUAUCAGUAAAGCAGACAGAACAGUCAAUUCAGGCUCCAUCUGCUAUUGUUCACCCAAUUCUUUUUCAAGGCAAAUAUGGUUUAGAUAGCAUAGUGGACUUUAUACCUGUUUGGAUCUGAAAUAAAAUGAUGGUGUAUGAGUUUCCAUUUCCUCUUAGUAUAGUGUAGUUAUAACUUUUUGAGAUUAUUAUGUUAUUACAAAGACCCGGACUUCAUGAGUUGAGUAAAAGCAGCUUGUGUGGAACAAAUAUUUUUAAAAGAUGGGAAAACCCAUAUCCUACGAACAAAACAGAUGCAUUUUCUGUCUAAAAGUGGGGGAUCAGCAAUGCC